AGAGCUAGCGCACCUCUAAAAAUUAUGCAGGGAAAUUCUCAAAAUUGCAAAGCUUCUCUUGCUUCUGCUGCAGUAAGGGCUGACCCAAAGUUGAAUCCACAACUCAUCGUUUGCAUUCUUGGUAGUAAAACAAAUGGUCUUUCUGGUCUUUAUGCUGACAUAAAGAAGAUCUGCUUAACAGAUUUGGGCAUUAAUUCUCAAUGCUUUCAAAGUAAGGAGAUCGGUGGACCUCUAUGGAAGCAAAUUUGUUAUAAUGCUGCUUUGAAAAUAAAUGGGAAACUUGGUGGAACAAACUCUCGAUUAAUUCCAAAACAACUUGAUUUUAAAGGUGCAAAACCAUAUAUGGUUAUUGGUGCCGACGUGUUCCAUCCUAGUAUUGAAGAUAAAAAGAAAGGCCGGCCAAGUGUUGCAGGCUUAGUUGCGUCCAUGGAUCCAUAUGCCACGAAAUAUGUUGGCCGAUAUAGUAUGAACAAAAAGUUAAAAAAUGAGGUUAUUGAAGAAAUUGGUAGCAUAAUUAUAGAUUUUGUUAAAGUAUUUUUUGAGGAAUCAAAUAAGAAGUAUCUUCCACAAGCAAUCUUAUUUUAUCGAGAUGGUGUUGCUGAAGGGCAGUUUGAAAUUAUUAUAGAGCAUGAAGUUAAUAAGUUACUAGAUGAGCUUAAAAGCUUCUAUCAAUCCCCUAAACCAAAGGAUGAAUCUGAUGCUGAUCCAAAAGGUAAUGGAAACUGUCAACCUGGAACUGUUAUAGAUAAAGAUAUUGUUGUCCCACAAUAUUUUACUUUCUAUUUGCAAUCUCAUUCUAGUCCACUUGGGACAGCUAGAUCUGCGUAUUAUCAUGUUAUCUAUGAUGAAAUAGGGUUCUCUCAGGAUGAAAUGCAUACUCUUACCUAUAAUUUAUGCUUCUCAUCUGUAAGAUGUAAUCUCUCUUUGUCAAUGGUAACGCCAUUACACUAUGCCCAUAAUCUUGCAAAUCUGGCAAAAAAUCUUGUUACGUAUGAUGAAUUCCCCCCUAAAGCUGCAGGUCGUCGCUCCGCUCCGACUCCGGAUCCAGAAUUUGUCAAGAAUGGAAAA